AGCCAGCAGCAGCUAACAGGCAGAAGGAGCUGUACGAGCAGCGGAGUACACACAGCAGCGCUACACGACCUGUGGGGGAUUUAACUCGACAAUAAGUCACCACAUCCAUGCUACCGUACACAAUUUAAUGCUCGUUUUAGCCGCGUUUUACAUGUAGCGGGAGCGCAUGGAGUCCGCGUUGAAAAGGUCGGUGAGGUGUUUUGCGGACAAGAGAUCAUCCAGCUAAUGUUAGCUAGCCGCAGCCAGCCACGGAUUGACCCGGUGUGGACUUGAGAGGGGAGAAGCUCGCCGCUGCUGCCCACUCUGCUGACAAGACUUACGGACACUGUUAUCAACCUACACCAUGGGCCUCAUAUUCGCCAAACUGUGGAGCUUCUUCUGUAAUCAAGAGCACAAGGUGAUAAUCGUUGGACUAGAUAAUGCAGGGAAAACCACUAUCCUCUACCAGUUUCUGAUGAAUGAGGUGGUCCACACGUCGCCCACCAUCGGGAGCAACGUGGAGGAAAUCGUGGUGAAGAACACCCACUUCCUGAUGUGGGACAUAGGAGGGCAGGAGUCUCUCAGGUCCUCGUGGAACACCUACUACUCCAACACAGAGUUCAUCAUCCUGGUGGUGGACAGCACGGACAGAGAGAGGCUGGCCAUCUCUAAAGAAGAGCUCUACAGGAUGUUGGCUCACGAGGACCUGCGGAAAGCAGCUGUGUUGAUAUUUGCCAAUAAGCAGGAUAUGAAGGACUGUAUGUCUGCAGCAGAGAUCUCCAAAUACCUCACCCUGAGCUCCAUCAAAGACCACCCCUGGCACAUACAGUCCUGCUGUGCACUUACAGGAGAGGGUUUAUGCCAAGGACUGGAGUGGAUGACCUCGCGGGCUGGACUCAGAUAGCCCCUCCCUCAGCCGUCGACGGCCUGACUACCUGCACCACCCACAUGGUGGCACAACAGCUUGUCCUUACUGGCUUCUUGUUAUUACUUUUUAUUUUUUUAAUGAUGAAUUUUAAUGGACUUUGACCUCUGGAGACGGCACAGGACGGGAUCAUUGACCCCCUCCAAGGCUUUAGUGUUACAGGGGAACGAGUGGAGACGUGACCAGGACUGAUGAACUGACCUGGUUGCUGAACAAGACGUCACUUUUUACAGAAGAAGCGCCGGAGGAGGAGGGGGAAACUAUUUCAGCAAGUUAAGAGUUUGUCCAAGUGCAAAGCAAGGCUGCACUGGACACUCAUUUACACCACAAACAUAUCAUGUUACAUGACACUGCAUCACAUCAAGAGCCUGCCAUGAACAUCACGUCGGUGCCCAGCUUUGGGAGAAUAUGAUGCAGCUCUAUAAUCAUUAUUAUUAUUUUGCCUCUUUAUAAGUUUGUUCAGGUGAUAAUUGAGGGAUUAUGAGCAGUAUUGAUGUGACACUUUUUGUUUUAGGAGUUGUCCUCAAUAAUGUUUUCAUAUUUGUUUUGGUUCUCAUUGUUAGCACAGCCAUUAAUAUCUGUUACACAUUGUUUCAGUUUCAUAAGCUACACUGUCGGUGGUUGUUCUCACAAUAGGACUAACUAGUGCCGUGACGAAAUGUGGUCAAACAUGAACCUCCCUUCUUAUUAUUACCUUUGAGCCUGUGCUUGUUUAUUGAGCCAAAAAUGUGUAAAUUCAGAGUGUUGGCAUGCAAACUUUUCUUAAAACUGACCCUCUGGAACAUUUAUUUAAAGGAUAAGAUCACCCAAUUUGGAAUUUCAGUCAUCAUCCUCUCACCCACGUGCCGACGAAAAGUCAAGUGAAGUAACGCCGUCCACAUAACAUUCUGAAACGACCGAAAAGAAAUAUAAAAUGACACGGUGUAGUCUUAAGUCUCUGUAAUUCCUGUGAUCCAUGACUGAUUCAAAAAGAUGCUACUUACACCUUUUGUUAAAGAAAUGCUGCACCUUUUUAAGAGGAAGUUUUCACUGUAGCUGCUAGGCUAAAGCUGAGGUGGGUGCCUGGUCUCGACCACGUCGGUUUCGAUAUUUCACAUCAGUUUUAGAGACUUGGAUCACACCACAUGUGCUGUAUGGAACUGUUUGCUGUUUGUUUUUUUUACAUUUCAAUAUAUGUUUUUGUGGACUGCACAACGUCGCCCAGCUAUCCAUCAGCAUGAGAGUGAGUAGAUUAUGACUGAAUUUAAAUUUUUCUGUGAACUUAUCCUUUAAUUUAUCAAACACUAAAUGACUGAAAUGUCAUUCUUUCCAAUGCAGGUACAAAGCUCAGUUUGAUUAACAGUAUUUUCAAUUUAAACACUAUGUUUUUGUCAAUGAUGCAUUAUGAUUUUUAUUUAAUUUUAUUUUUGCAUUUAUUUUCUUUCUUUUUUUUUUUUUUUUUGCUCGUGGCCACUUACAGCAUCUAGACCUGUUUUGUAUUAACAGCUGAUCUUUGGUGCUCUGCAAGCGCGUGUCUGAUCCAUCCUCAUAUCAACAUCUGCAGCCAUUUUGGCGCAUAUUCCUCUUUAAGCAUUUUGUACUUUUACAAACAAAGGGAUCAGAAUAAGCCACCGCCAAACAGAUGCCGCACAUUCAUGGGAAGUUGUUACUCAUCAGCCGUCUGGACUUGAGUUCAGUGGCUCAGUAGCAUUAAGAUGAUCUAGACUCAAUAUUUUGGCCAUCAUACAGUUAAAAUACUUGAUCCUCAGCCUUAACCAUGCUGAUCUGAGUGUCUGGAGGAGCAUGUGUGUGUGUGUUUGCGCUCUCAUGAUCUUUACCGUCUAUGAACCUGUAUAGAAAUCCCUCGGGAACAGAUCUAUGCACGUGUCACUUUGAAACCAUGUAAACCUUUAGCGAGUUCCACAGUGGCCAAAAAAGAAGGAGGUACAUGAGUUUCAUUGAAGUGGUGUCCAUCUCAGUCAGGGUAGUGCCUCUGGGUCUCUAGAAUAUACUGUUUUUUUUGUUGGUAUUUUCUUACACAGAACAGGAUUAAAGGGUGAACCAUGCAGCCCCCCGCCCCAGACUCUUCGCAGCAUUAAGGUUUACAGCUUUGAUCUCACAAAGCAAGGGAACUGAUCAUGUACUCUGUGUGGUGGUGUCCAGUCUGGGUCAUGUACUGUAUUUCAAUAAAAGUUUGUUUUGAACUUUGA